CACCCACUUCCGUUGUUCCGUUUCGUCCCUCAAAAACCGCCGAAGCCUGCUGCCGCCGGAGAACGCCGCUCCAACUCCAACCCGGCACCGCGGACCGGGGCUGUCUGGAUCUCCUUCGCUGUGAUGGACCUGCCUGGUCGUCUUGUACGUCGCCGCCUGGACGCUGUGGCGCCUGGACUCCAGCCGCCUGGCCGUCUCGUCCGCCCCCGCCAGGACGACACACCCGUGCCUGGUCGUCCCAUCCGUCGCCGCCUGGACGCUGCGGGCCAGGCCUCUGUGACUCCACGUGGUCGCCCCUCGGGCGCGCCUGGACUCGAGCUGAUGAUGUGUAUUCUUUAUUUUGAUGGUGCUUCACAAGGCAACCCAGGACAAGCAGGUGCUGGAGCUGUGCUUAUGACUGAAGAUGGUAGAGUGAUAUCUCGACUUCGUGAGGGUCUUGGUGCCGUUACUAAUAAUAUUGCUGAGUAUAAAGGCCUCAUCUUAGGACUGAAAUACGCGAUUAGGUAUGGAAUCAAGAGAAUCAAAGUACAUGGGGACUCUCAACUUGUCUGCAAUCAGGUGAACGGUGUCUGGAACACGAAGAAGCAGUACCUGAAGGAACUGCGCAAUGAAGUGAUACGGCUAAAAGAGAACUUUCACUCUUUUGAGAUCAGUCAUGUCCGGCGGGAAUCGAAUGCCGAGGCAGAUCGCCAGGCGAACAUCGGGAUCGCACUUGCAAGUGGCACCAUGUCCGAGGAGCGUGGUGACUUCUGAAACAUCCAGUUACCAUCGUAUGUAAGCUAUGUAAGCUAACUACUAGCCUGCUCUACAGCAGUUGCUUGGUGACGGCUUGCCUAUCUCCAAACUCCAAUUACCGUAGCACUACCUGGAACUUUGUCACCGUUAUUAGCUUGCUUUGGAACUCUGGUUUCUGUAUCCUCUGCUAAAGUUGAUGCAUGCUGGGUUAGUGGGCCCAUUUUGACAAGGCUGGUUUUGUAUCUACUCGUGGGCCUCGUUCUGAUGGAUCAUGUAAGAUAAGAUACACUUAAUGGUCCCUAAUUUGAAGCAACCGUAACUGUGCUUUGGGAGCUUCCUUACGACCGUUUUCUGAAA